GGCACUGGCAACCACACUACAGUGACCCGAUGGGCGGAGAGGCAGAGCAGGAUAGAAGGGCAGGACUGGCAGGGUGCGGUCUCCAGUGGCAACUGAUCGCUCGGUUCGCUCAAAUUCCCAAUUGCAAUUGGAAAAGCAAAGCGGAAGUAUUGCGCCACUGAGAAGGAACCUUUUGGAGUCCAUGACAAACGGACAAGAAGGACAAAUGGCAGAACCAGUAGUGUUCCUCCUCGUUUGACAUUGACAGUUCCUCAGUGGCAAAACCACAGCACCAAGAAGACAAUCUGCGACCACAGGUCACAACAGAAUAUCGACUUUGAACCUGUUUGUUUAAAUAAACAUACUUUACAACUCCAUGCCCAUAUCUAUUGGGUCCCGACUGGAAGAAAGACGUUACGGUUACGCCGCAGCGUUUGGACACACCGGACGCAGACGACAGAGACAUCGAACUUUUACCCCGCUGCUGGUACCAUAAAACGCAUUCGGUUAAAAUUGUUGUAUUUUUGGGGGGGCUUUUAUGGACAGAUGCUGUGCACAAGUAUGAUGUCGUGGAUUAGACCGAUACAAUAUUAAAGAUUCGGUCCUCUACCGCCUCCCCCCUCCCAUCCCUUACCCCGUGGGGGGAACAAGACGUAUCCAGAGGGAGAGGGUAGCUUGAGACACCACGGCGACCUGUGCCACCUUACCACUCCGCGUCGGAGUGCCAGUGCCCGGCCCGGCCGGUCUGGGUGGGAUGCGUCGCUCCGUGCUUGUGGGCCUCUUCAUGGGGUGCACCCUGCUGCUCGCACCUGUAACGGAGGGCUGUGGGCCGGGGAGGGGAUAUGGCAAGAGACGUCCGCCGAAGAAGCUCACACCCCUCUCUUAUAAGCAGUUCAGCCCAAACGUUGCCGAGAAAACACUGGGCGGCAGUGGCAGACAUGAAGGCAAAAUAACGAGAAACUCAGAACGGUUCAAAGAACUCACUCCCAACUAUAACCCUGAUAUUAUAUUUAAAGAUGAGGAGAAUACGGCUGCCGAUCGACUUAUGACCCAGCGUUGUAAAGACAAGCUGAACUCCUUGGCCAUCUCUGUGAUGAACAUGUGGCCUGGGGUGACGCUGAGAGUGACAGAAGGAUGGGACGAGGACGGGCACCACUCAGAGGACUCCCUCCAUUAUGAGGGAAGAGCGGUGGACAUCACCACGUCUGACCGGGACAGGAACAAGUACGCCAUGCUGGCUCGCCUGGCUGUGGAGGCUGGCUUCGACUGGGUCUAUUACGAGUCCAAGGCCCACGUGCACUGCAGUGUCAAAUCAGAGCACUCAGUAGCAGCUAAGACCGGAGGUUGUUUCCCGGGUCGUUCCCUGGUGACGCUGGAAGACGGGAGCAGCAGGGCGGUUCAGGACCUCCAGCCGGGUGACCGUGUCCUGUCCUCCUCGGGGGUUGAUGGGAGCGGAGGAGAGCUUGUCUACAGUGAGUUCCUGACCUUCCUGGACCACGAGCCUGCAGCCAGGAAACAGUUCUACGUGUUGGGAACAGAGACGGGAGCGAACCUGACCCUCACCGCGGCUCAUCUUGUGUUCGUGACCGAGGGUAACUGUUCAGUCGGCGAACCGUCCAAUGGGGUUGUCACGCGGACUAUGUACGCCAGCGACGUACGGCCAGGGCAGUGUGUGCUGACCGCAGGUGGAGACAAGGGACCACAAGCCCACCUUUCCCCAGUCGCCUGGAUCCACAUCCAGGUGGACACCGGGGCCUUCGCCCCCCUGACACGCCACGGCUCACUGGUGGUGGACGGCGUUUUAGCCUCGUGCUACGCUGCUAUGGACCAGCACCACAUAGCGCACUGGGCAUGUGGUCCCCUCCGCCUGCUGUACAGCUGGACUGGGCUAGGGACUAUACAAGGAGACGGACUACACUGGUACUCACGGGUCCUGUAUUGGAUAGGAACCUUCCUACUGGACCCUGGACACUUCCACCCCUGGGGGGUGGUCACGAAUGAUGUGGAGAGAUAGAGAGUGAGAACAGAGAGACAGGGUGGAGAACAGAGAGACAGGGAGGAGAACAGAGAGAACAGAGAGACAGGGUGGAGAACAGAGAGAACAGAGAGACAGGGUAGAGAACAGAGAGAACAGAGAGACAGAGUAGAGAACAGAGAGACAGGGUAGAGAACAAAGAGACGGUAGAGAACAGAGAGACAGGGUAGAGAACAGAGAGAACAGAGAGACAGGGUAGAGAACAGAGAGACAGGGUAGAGAACAGAGAGAUAGGGUAGAGAACAGAGAGAACAGAGAGACAGGGUAGAGAACAGAGAGACAGGGUAGAGAACAGAGAGAACAGAGAGACAGGGUAGAGACCAGAGAGAUAGGGUAGAGAACAGAGACAGGGUAGAGAACAGAGAGAACAGAGAGACAGGGUAGAGACCAGAGAGAUAGGGUAGAGAACAGAGAGAUAGGGUAGAGAACAGAGAGAACAGAGAGACAGGGUAGAGAACAGAGAGAACAGAGAGACAGGGUAGAGAACAGAGAGAACAGAGAGACAGGGUAGAGAACAGAGAGAACAGAGAGACAGGGUAGAGUCCAGAGAGACAGGGUAGAGAACAGAGAGAACAGAGAGACAGGGUAGAGAACAGAGAGAACAGAGAGACAGGGUAGAGAACAGAGAGACAGGGUAGAGAACAGAGAGAUAGGGUAGAGAACAGAGAGAGUGAAUACAAGUCUGUGUAUAUAAAGGUGUAAUAAAAAGUUGUGGAAGCCU